AUCAAGGCCACCCGCUUCAACUCUGGCUACUACUCCUGUUCUGUGACCCUAAAUGGUUCAUACAAAGUCCGCGAAUCGAGUUAUAGAAAAAUCACAUUCACUAUAGGUGUGCAUCUCUGUUUAAUGGGAUAAAAAAGGAGAGCAGAUACAAUAUAACAGUUCAAGGAAAAGAUCUUUCAACUCCUCCAUACGUUAGUUAUGACGCUAGACCUCUGAACCUUGGAGGAAGAUACACGCUAGAAUGUCACUCCAACUUCGGCGAGACUGCUGUUACUUACAAGUGGACCAAAGAUGGCGUCGUCCUCCCAUCCACUUCCAACAACUAUGUUAUUCCCUCGAUGGCUGCGAAAGAUGCCGGAAAAUAUUCUUGCUCUGUAACAGUGAAUGGCAAGACCUUAGAGGCCAAGAACCCUUUUGAAGUGGACACACCAGGAGCUAAGGGUAAGGCCUGUAAGGCUGCUCUUUUCACCGCAACGUGCAGUGGAGAAGAGUACACUGGUAACUGUCUCGCUGGCCGCUGUGAGUGUUCUCCUGGUGCAGAGCUUCAACAGAACGGUUGCGCUCUUUCAGUCGCCUCCAGCGCUCCUACAGUUGUGUCUGACGUCACCACAGCCAUGAACCUGGGCGGACGUUACAUUCUGAUCUGUGCAUCUACUGCCAGUGUGACUGGUGCUACCUACACGUGGACCAAAGAUGGCCAAACUCUCCCGUACACUUCCGCCACUUUAGAGAUCCAAACCCCGGCACCCGGGUUUCUGUGUCUCUGUUGGUGUUUACCGUGACGCUUCUUUGUGGGCUGGUUGUGAGACAAGAAACUUAACCGGAUUCCUGACAAACCGGAUCCAGGACAAGCCGGAUAUAAAAACAAAGACGAAACAAAACCGGAUACGCGACCAAAUUUGGAACUCAAUAUAACUAGAUUUUCUUUUCUCUUUCAAUUAAUAAAAUUAUAUUAUGAUUUACAGCAAAAAUAAAACUAAGAAUAAAAAAAUAAAUAACUAAGGGCAGUUUUAAUACAUCCAAUCAAAUCCUGAAAACUAAACGUAUUUUUUGACUCAAUGACCACUAAAUAAAAAAAAAAUUCUAAAACGUUAUAUGUAGCCAACCCGUCUGACAAUGACAAAGACAAUGACAAUCUUUAUUCAUCUCGCAGGGAGAAAUUUGUCUUGGUCGUUAACCAUGGCCGUGCGACUGUAGAACUGCAUAAUUGCAAUUGAAGAUGUUUUACUCCCAAUCGACGAGCUUUAGAAUAUUUAGGAGGCGGGCUGCUUUGACAUUGUCAGUCUGGUCCAAUCUAGGCUGAGAGAGAUAUACAACGUCCCUGUAGCAAUCCCCCUUCUUUUCCCCGAAGAUACUCGGCGAUAAAAAUUCUCACUGCACGGGAAUUGAACUCAUGUCUUCUGCUUGUAACGGCGAAGUGCCUUACCAACAAAUCACAGGCGCUCAGUAAAGUUGCCAAAGACACC